UAUCGACAGUCCAUAAUUGUCAAUAUGACUUUGACUUUGACACUGACGUCUUGACAUUAACCUCAAAUGAAAAAUCAGAAAAUAAUGUUGUAAAUUGAAAAUUAUGUAACAAUAAUUUAAUAAGCUAAAAUGCACUGUCCAUGAUUGUAUUUCAAAUACCUAUAUUUAUUUUAGUAUCAGGACGACAGAUUAGUUUUCUAAGCAUAAUCGAAAAGAAAAUACAGUGUAUAGUCGAAAUGGUUUUUAAAAAUGUUACCCAUGUUUUAUUUGAUUUGGACGGCUUACUUAUAGAUUCAGAACGAUUGUAUACAGAAGGAUUCUCAAAUGUGUGUGCCAAGUUUGGUAAGAAGUUCACAUGGGAACUAAAGAGAAGCAUCCUGGGUUUCCAAGGUCAUGAAUGUGCAGAGAAAAUAAUUAAAACCUUAGAACUACCAUUAACUGGGGAAUCUUUUAUGGAAGAAUGUAGAAAAGAAUAUGAGAAAGUUUUUGUGAAUGUUGAACUUAUGCCAGGUGCACAGAAAUUAGUAGAACACUUGCACAGUAAAGGUGUGCCCAUAGCUCUAGCCACAAGCUCCGGACAAGAUAGUGUUGAUAUGAAAAUGCAACAGCAUAAAGAUUUCCUUAAUAACUUCCACCAUCUUACUAUGGGUACAACUGAUCCUGAAGUUACAAAAGGGAAACCUGAUCCUGCUAUAUUUCUGGUUUGUGCAUCAAAAUUUCCUGACAAACCUGAUCCAGAAAAAUGCUUAGUAUUUGAGGACGCAGUGAAUGGAAUGAAAGCAGCAUUAGCUGCCAACAUGCAGGUUGUAGUUGUACCAGAUCCACGAAUUGACGGUGAAGAACUAAAAGAUGCCACAUUAUGUUUAAAGUCCUUGGAAGAUUUUCAACCAGAACUAUUUGGAUUGCCUCCAUAUGAUUAGAUUUGUACUUUUGCUACAUUAUUUUAAAACUUCCGUUUUAAGUUAUGAAAAAUUUUAACAUUGGCAUUUGAUGAUUUAAAAAAAAAGCUACCUCUUUCAGGCUACCAUUUGUUCUUUAAAAGCUAUUUAAAGGUCAUUUAGAGUAUGAUCUAUUUUUUUAUAUGUUUGCUACAAUUAGUAAUAAGGAAAUUGACAGUUGUAUGUAUUAACUAGGAAUAAGUUUUCACUACAGUAUAAACAAUUCCCUACCUCUUUUUUUGAUCCUUCCAAAAACAGUAUUAAUGUUAUAAGUGCUUAGAAAUAAAAAAUUCUUCACCCCUUAAAAAAAAUUGUGUCCAACAUUGGAUAUUUAUAACCUCGAAAAGAUCUUAGUAGCUCCUAGUUUCUAAGUUAUUCUGGUUUUUAUACCUUGAAUGGAAAUAUAGUGAUGUUACUUUUAUUUUGUAUAUGAUUAAGAAUGAAUGUGUAAAAAAAUCAUCUAAAAGGUGAUACUGACUUGAAGUCAAUAUAAUUUUUUUUUUGUAGACAUCCUGUAUUAAAUAUUGAUUUAAUUAUCUGUGUAACAGUGUAGGUUUAAUGUCCUUAAAAGGCAAAAAAUUACUUAAUUCAGUCACAUUAGCAUAAGUUUCUUGUAUCAAUUCUAGUCAGUGUUGGAUGUCUGACAAUAAAAUAUUUAAUUGUGUCA